AUGAUUGACAAGAUAACCAAGGAUCGAUCGAUGAUAAAAUUUGCUCGUAUCUUAGUUGAAAUGGAGAUAGUAGAUACUCUUCCAAAAUACAUCAGUUAUUUCAAUGAGAAGGGUCAAAUUAUGGAACAACUUAUAAACUAUGAAUGGAUGCCAACAAAAUGUACUAAUUGUAAGAAAUUGGGACACUCAGUAACAUCGUGUAAGUAUGUUCCUGAAGCUGUUUGGAGGCAGAAAGAAUUGAAGCAUAAGGAAGAGAAACAUGUCAGUCCAAAUGCAGAGAAAUCUGAGGCAGAGAAACCUGUACACCCUAAUGCAGAGAAACCUAAGGCAGAGAAACCUGUAAGUCCAAAUGCCCCUGGUUCAGUUCAUCAAUUAAAUUCUACUCAAUUAGUUGUUGUCCAGCCGUAUACUGAUCCUGUAGAGGCUCACUGGGUUUCUCCAAAAACAACUAGAGUUAAAAGGCAAGGUGUCUAG